GACAGUUUUCCAUUACUGACAUUCAUUAACCCUGCAUUAAGUUUGCAUUUUUAAUAAUUUUCAGCUGUGAACGCUUGGCAUGAGAAUCUGAAUAGAAUUCUUUCGAGUUUGUGAUACGUAAUGAAUCAAGAGACUAUAGAUAUCACUGUAAUGCCUAUGGAUACCGAUGUCCCAGGAAUCCAUGAAGGAACAAAGGAUGACAGAGAUGCAAGUUUUGACAGAAUCAUUGGCCACAUAGAGGACCUUUUAAUGGGUAUGGAUUCUUUUGUACACAGAUUGUUCAAUAUGCACAUGAACAUCAUUGUUUCAGAAAGUGAGUUUCAAGAGAUUCAACAGAAGUUCUUAGACAACUAUUGGCACAUAUUUAGCCCUGAGGAAGAAAAUAAGCUCAUUUACACGGAAAUAUUCAAUCAGUAUAACCAAGAAGUAGAAAACUACAUCGUCAAACAGCUCAAGAAAUCCGUGCCGAACUUUUCAAUCGCUACCUUUCUAGAUCAGCUAAAUGAAAGACGACCUGAACUGGAUGGCGAAGUCUUUGAAGUUCUUGCAACGUUAACAGACUUUCUAGCAUUCAAAGAAAUGCUAUUGGAUUACAAAGCGGUGAAAGAAGGAAAGGUAGAGGAUUUCAGUAGCGGAAUUUCGAUCACAUCUAUCAAAUCAAUGAGUUCAGAAAGCAACGAGCCUGCUGGCUAAUCCUCCAGAGUCUCACACUCGAACUUUUGCAUGUAUUUUGAAACAAUCGGAAUUAUUUAUAUUUAUAUCAGUAACUGUAAUAUGUAAGAGUGCAAGACUGUGAAUUAACUCUGGAUU